GAUGACGGGAGGACGAGGUGGGGCUCGCCGGUCCCUUACCCCUGACUCGAUGGGACUAAUAACACGACUACUGCGUUACUCCGCCACAAUCUUCAACCUUAUAAAAUCUCUUGCUGCUGUAAACUGCAAUAUGGUAAUUAGUAAUGGGCCAGUAUUAACGGUUGACGGAUAGUCGAAGCUUGAGAAAUUUAUUAAAAAAAAUAAUAAUAAAUAAAAACCUUUAAGGAGUAAAGAUGCCUCGUCGAUCUCAUCAUAAAUCUCGUGCGGGUUGUCUCGAGUGUAAACGCCGACAUAUCAAGUGCGAUGAGAACCGGCCGGCAUGCGGGAACUGCACAAUAAGUUCGAGACAAUGUUCGUUUCUGACUUCGCAACCGAUCCUCCCCCCCGGCAUUAGACGUCCAGCAAAGUCUGCAAGCCCGGGCCUCCUCCGAUCUUCAUCGAAUGCAUCGACGCCCUCUCAAUCGUCUUCUCCUAUUAGUUCGAAUUGUGAACCAUCGAUUAUCCAGGAUGUUAACAUGACGCACAUGGAACUCUUUCAUCACUGUAUUAACAGCAAUUUCGACCUACCGCCUUCGUCCGAAGAUCCUGACAAGAUAGUGUCCCAGGGGAUGAUUAUUGAAGCUGCCAUAUCUUCCCCUUUUCUGAUGAAUGAGAUGUUAGCUUUCGCCGCACUUCAUCUAGCUCACCUCAAGCCUGCAAAAGCCCAGUUCUACAAACACCAUGCGGUCGGUUUGCAAACCCACGCUCUCAGCAUGUUCAACCGUGAGAUGACGGGUGUCACUAGCGAAAACUGCCUGGAGGUGUUAGUUUUCACUUGGCUUAUGACCUUGCAUACGCUGUGCGAUACCACAGACUCUACAGACCCGCAUAUCUUCUUGGAUCAGUUCAUUCACUAUUUGCAGAUGCAACGAGGGGUACGCGCCGUCAACGCGGAGGCAUGGCAUCUAAUGCUCGAGUCGAAGAUGGGCUUCGUGUUGCGGGAGGCUACUAGGAUUUUCGAGGAGGCGGGCCCAGGGUCUCAUACUACUGAGCUGGAAAACUGGAUUCGGCACUCGCCGGCAUUGGACACCAACGAGAGAACCGUCUGCAAAGACGCCUUAGAUAGGAUUCAAUGGUUUCUGAGCAGAGCUGACGAUGCGAAGAAGAACGGUACUUCUCUGGGAACGCCAUUCUUGUCCUUAAUCUCGUGGCCGGUAAUAAUCGAAGCCGACUUCCUUCGACUCAUAUCGGAGAGGAAGCCAGAGGCUCUACUCGUCCUUGCGUAUUAUGCCAUACCGUUGCACUUCUGUCGAGACGUGUGGAUUAUAAAAAAUGCUGGCCAGCUGCUGGUUCAAAGCAUCCGAUUGCACCUAGACGAAAAGUGGCAUAGGUGGUUAGACUGGCCGGGGGCUAUAAUGCAUAUGUUGUCGUAAUAUGUCUAUUAGGGACUUUGCAAUUUAAGGGCCUUUUGGCGUUAUAGGCUGGAUAUGGUACCCGAGAGAUGGGUUAGUCGUCGGGACUUAAAAGGGAUUAGGUUGAAAGGGAAAGGUCAAUAGCAACGUAGGUUCUAUAUUGGGAUAGAGAACGUCGGAUCUUAAAGAUUGUAUGCCGUCUAUGUAUUCAUAGUCCAGGACUAAUGUAUGAAUAGGGAUCGGACCAC